AUGCACCUGAUCUGCGCUCUACCAUCUAUCGACAAGACCGGAAAAAGCUCUGGCAAGCUAGUGCCAUAUGAAGGAUCGUUCAUGUACACGCGAGAGGGUGUCCAAGUUCUGUGCCGGCAUGCAAGGGAAAAAGACCCCAGAUCGCCUGCCAUCCAGCCUGCCUGUGCUGCGCUCGCGGCAUUCGAUCUAUACUGGCUCUCCGAGCUCGGGUGUGCCGUGUCCCUCUCCCACAUGUCUGUCGUGGUAAAGGAAGAGUUAUCCAUGUGCCUCAAAGUCCACAAGGAGCUGGCUAUGUUCGACAGCCAAAUUGCCUACAACCAUAUUGCUGAGCACUUCCCACUCGCCACACUGGAGGAGCUCCUUCCCCACUGGUUAACCACGACUGUCACCUACCCUAUUCCCGGACUUGCUCUGGCCGAGAAACGGUAUCAAUGCCCAGAGUGCAAGCUGUAG